GCAUGUCCCCCACCGCUUCACCCCAGCAGUACCCCCAGCCUACUCACCAGCAGGCUACCUUCUACUCACACCACGUGACCAGUAGUCAGGCUGUGUAUCAGGUGAAUGCGACAACGUCUUCUACGGCGUUUCUCCCGCAAGGGUCGACGCCCCCCCUCCGUGGCGUCGUCACACCCGACAGAAACCGCCAAAGGGGGUAGGGCGCCCCAGGAGGGUAAACCUGAUAAAAGAAACGUUAGCGGACCCAGCGGGUCUGGCUCCGUGGGCUUUGUGACGGACCACACGGGGCUGGUCAUAUACGGACCCCAGCCGCCGUUGAACGAGACAGUGAUGUCGCCCGGCAGCUCGGCCAAGCAUCGGCCGAUGGAAGGCGGGCCUCAGCCUUACAUGGAGCCCGCCCACAGCGGGAUCGUCUACGUCGAUGUGGGGUCGGGCUCGUAUGUGACCAUCGACGCUUCCCAGCUGGAACCCUCGCCUUACACAGUGCCCUUUCAGGGAUCAUCAGGACCUUAUCAGGGAUCUUCAGGACCUUAUCAUGGGUCUACAGGACCUUAUCAUGGGUCUACAGGACCUUACCAGGGACCUACCGGACCUUACCAGGGGUCGGUAGGACCUUAUCAGGGAUCUUCAGGACCUUACCAGGGAUCGUCAGGACCUUAUCAGGGAUCUUCAGGGCCUUAUCAGGGAUCUACAGGACCUUACCAAGGAUCUUCGGGACCUUACCAAGGCUCAACAGGACCUUAUGUGCUCACUGGAGAGAACGGCCAAGAGCUGCACACGGCCAUUAACAUGGACAACUGUCCUGCUACUGUCCGGAUGGUAUCCAGCAACGGGCCGCCAGUCCCCAUGCCCAUGCAAGUUCCGCCAGGUCACAUGGUCCAGCAGAUCGUGGACGAGCAUGGAAUCCUGACCCACGUCAUACUCUCCCCCCAGCCCCCUGGACCAACACCUCCACUAGGACCCUAUGGUGGCCCUGCAAGCGGAAGUCAGUAUUACACGUCAUACGGUGCCCCGCACUACGCCCCGUCCCCAGCUCAGUACCCCGUGCCCCCACAUGUACAUGUACCCCAUAUACAGUCCCCCACCCCACCAAACUGCACAAAUCAUGGCCCAGUUCAAUCUCAAGGCGAAUAUGGUGCCAGUCCUCCACUCAACUCUACAGAUGACAGGACACUCAGGACACGCAACAGGGUACGCAAAAAACUACAACAGCGGCGUAUCAACUCAAAUGAUGGUUUCUACCCCACACCUCAGCGAUCGAUGGGUGGAAGGCGGAACAGAGGGGGUAUGGGAGAUAUGCAAUUUUUCUUGCCAGUGAAUGGUGAGAUUGGAAUGCAUGGUGAUACAGGGCCCAUACAUGGACAUUGUAUCACCCCAGAAAAUGGGCCAAUGGAUGUUGAAGAGGAAAAUACCUUGAUAACGCAAUGCUUAUCCACCAUGCCAGCACCUAAGGUUACAGAUGUUGACGCCAGGAGUAGUCUCAUCCAGUUGUCUCCCCCUGAGAUGGACUCUACAGAUUUGGAACUUGACCACUGUGAUCUAAAAUAUGAAUUGCUUCUCUCAGACAAAGGGAAGGAUGCCAAAUACAAAACUGUUUUCUGUGGUGAUGCAACAGAAAUCACAUUAAAAGAUUUGAAACCUGCCACAGAAUAUCAUCUCAAAGUGUGUGCUGUGUUUGGAGAUGAUCUUAAAGGUGCUCUGACAGAACCCGUGAGCUUCCAGACCCUCACCUGUGAACCUGAUGUCCCACAACCCCCAAAACUUAUGACAAAAACUAAAACAUUCAUCACUUUAAAAUGGAAUGCCACAUGUGAAAAUGGAUCUAAAAUCACAGCAUACCUGUUAGAAUAUGACCAAGGUCUUGGAGAUGGAAGUUUCCGUGAAGUUUAUUCAGGUCCUCUCCGACAGUUCAAGGUCACCCGCUUGAAUGCUUCCACCAGAUACAUGUUCCGUCUUGCUGCAGUCAACUCUUUAGGAAAAAGUCCAUACAGUGAAGUAGUCAGCAUCUACACCAGCGGGUCAGUUCCUUCCCAGCCUGACCCUCCCAUGUUAUCAGAACAGUUUGUCUUUGCUCUGACCAUCUCGUGGAUCAGACGACCUAACGACGAUGAAUUCUUGCUUCAAAUGGAGGAUGAAACAACGGGGCAUGGUUUUAUUCCUGUUUACAAUGGACCAAAUUUAUCUUACACUAUUCGUAACUUACGUCGAAACACUGAAUACAGGUUUAGGUUAUCAGCCAAAAAUGAGGAGGGCCAAAGCAAAUGGAGUGAAACUGUGUGUUACAAGACAUUACCUGAGAGGCCACACCCACCCAGCAAGCCCCAGAUCAAGGGGAAGGUCAACCCCUACUCUUUCAGGAUUACAUGGGACCCUCCAUCAGAUUCUGGUGGGACAGAGAUUACCAAAUACAUUGUGGAGUUGGAUGAUGGCCAAGGCUAUGAUACAGUGUAUGAAGGAUCAGAAAGGGAACAUGUCUUUGAUCAUCUGACCCCAGGCCAUACCUACCGUGUCCGUGUUGCCUGCUGUAGUAUUGGAGGCAGGAGUGAUUUUUCAGACUGCUGUGUUGCAACUACCCUACCAGUGGCACCAAAUCAAUGCCAGGUUCCAAAACUACAAGGGAAACCUAAAGCCACGUCCCUACACCUGCGCUGGGGAUACCCUGAUCAUGACGGUGGAGCGCAAGUGACAACUUUUGCUGCCCAGAUGAUCUCCCCUGAUAACACAACUAGAGAGGUCUACAAGGGACAUGACAGGGAUUGUAUAGUGGCUGGUCUUUUGCCUGGUCGACCGUAUUUGUUUCAAGUUCGUGCUUUCAACAGGGCUGGGGCUGGACCCUGGUCUGAACCCCUGGAGGUGAUCAGCGGAGCAGGAGUUCCAGAGGCUCCGAGGCCACCUCAGGUUCUGUGUCGCUCUGCCCAUAAUGCUCUGGUCUCGUGGGAGGAGCCAUUCAAUAAUGGCGCCAACAUCAGCGAGUACCGCCUGGAGUGGCAACAAAAAACAGACACGGCAGACUUCACACAGUUAUAUGUGGGACCAAACCAAAGUUUUGAUGCUAAAGGACUUACACCUGCCACCUUGUACACAUUUAGGGUGCAGGCCACGAACAGUGCUGGCCCCGGCCCCUUCUCCCCCUCCACCCCCUGCGUGACACCCCCCUCCAGCCCCUCACAGAUUCUUUCCAUCAAAGUCCAGGCCAACGCCACCAGCGCUCUCCUGACAUGGAGGGAGCCCAACUGUAACGGCAGUGACAUCACCUCCUACAACAUAGACCUUGUGGACAAGCCCUUGAUCUCAGUGGACUCUGUCACUGAGCACUUGCUGGAGGACUUGGCCCCGGAGACCACGUACAAAAUUCGGGUCCAAGCUGUGAAUGGAAUUGGGGUUGGUGCGUUUAGUGGCGUCAUCAAGUUUUUAACCAAGGCACUACCACCUAGUCCACCUCGGUUAGAGUGUGUCAUGUUGGCACCAACCUCAAUCAAGCUCAAAUGGGGGGAGGGGAGGAAUCCUGAUUUGCUCACAUACACGCUGGAGAUGGAGAAGGAAGACGGAAUAUUUCAGCCCGUGUACACUGGACCAGCACACACGCACAAGGUGACCAGGCUGUCUGAACUGACCAGUUAUGAGUUCCGUAUCUUUGCCAGCAACGAGGCAGGCUCUGGACCAUACUCGGACACGUAUUCCUUCACCACCACAAAGGCCCCACCCCCUCCUUUGAAAGCCCCUAAAGUUGACUGUUUGACUCACACUGGCUGUGUGCUUGAAUGGCAAGGUGUCAAGCCCAUGGGGGGUGAUGCAAUGUCCUAUGUUUUACAGCUCUACUGCAUGGAUGGACGCGAUGCAGAGUACAAGCAAAUCUAUAAAGGACCCAACACACAGUACCAGCUUGAAGGUCUGGCACCAAACACAGAGUACCAGGCAAGGGUGGCUGCUGUCAGACUGUCCUCAGACACAGGGGACAUCGUCGGGGCCUUCAGUCCCGCCGUUGUGUUCUCACCCCUGGCGCCUGAACCCCUGCGGUCAAACACCCACACCAGCACCGCCCGCGAGAGUGGACACGAGGAGAGGGCGCCCCUGUCAGACAGCCAGUGGGCUGCGCUGAUCCUGCUCCUGUUUGUCGUGUUGGCUGUCAUCACAGCUUUCCUGCUGCAGCAGUGGAUCAGCUACAGCAACAGCGUAGAGGAGGUCCCGGCGUCGUCUACUUCAUCGUCAUCACACACAAGCUAAAUCAUCUUGGUGGGGUUAGGCAGUCAGUCAGAGUUUGAUCAUCAACUUGUUUUGGGAACGGUUUCAUAUUCUCAUUGUAGAUACUGUUUGGUUUACUGCUAUCUUCAUCUACUUAUUGGUCUUGUCAGAGGUGGGGGAAGCCAAGUCCAAGGUUGAGUCUAGUGUACUGACAUAGUUUUUACGGUGGCACUUCAAAGCAAAGAUGCUGUGGAUACAUCGUCUAUAGAGUGGGAAGAGUUACAUACCUAAACCUAGACCCAUCAAGGUGGAGAUGAGGUUAACUGGGUUCACUGUUCUGAGAAAGAUAUUCAAGUUUUAUGAACAUGUGCUCAUUUUAAUUUCCUUCCAAGAAAUUUCCCUCAUGGUAAUUAUCACUGAGCAAGCUGGAUUAAAAUGGCUAUUUUAUUUGGUUAGUAUAUUUUUAAAUGAUUCAUCUUUAAAGAUUUUUAAUUGUAUAUAGCAUUUUAUUUUUUUGGUGCAAAUGUUUGUCAAGAGGUGGACCAGUUGUUUCAGUAGUUUUGUUGCUGUUGGAUUUAUAAUGCAUUUCUAAUUUCUCUUAUGAGUUUAUCCUGAUGGAUUGUUCAAAUCUUUGACAAGAAUGAUCUGCUGGUAAAGCAUGCGCUUAAAAUUUUUAAAAAUUUGUUUUUUUUUCAAAAAUCAGGAAAAUCCUGAUUUGCUGUUUUUUAACAAAAAAACUCAGCUAAAAGAUAUAUUAUUGGUAUUUUACAGCAUAUAUUUUACAUUUUUUAUUUCUGUACAUUUGUCAUACUCUUAAAUUGCUUGACUAACAAAAAAGCUGUUCAUUUAAAACUGAGUAAAAUUUCUGUGGUCAAACUUAAAAUUUUACUUUCAAAUGUUAACAAAAAGUAUUGGUGUAAAGGUUAAAAAGUAUCCAGUCUGCAUUUAAUGAAAUUUCGUGAUAGAAAAUAAGAAAUCAAAUAAAGUAUUUUAAUAUUUUUAUUGUAUAAAAUGCUUGUCUGAUUCUAAGAUGUUUAUUGAUAAACUGAAUUGGGCUGUAGCAGAUUAAAGUUUUAACAUUUUAUCGAUAAUUUAGUUUCUUAAAUAACUUUUGAUAUUUUUAAAAAGAAACUUCUUAUAUGGGUAUUUAUUCCUCUUGACCAUUUGAGAUGGUAGAAAUGUUUUUUUUUUUGCUUGACUGAAGUCAAACUUGAUUCAUUCAUCCUAUUCAUGUGUUACAUUUGGUUGUUAGUACAACACCCUGUGAUAGUCUAACUGGGAUCAGUUGAAGGUAUUUUUAGCACAAUCUUAUACAUUUGUUUGUUUAUGCUCUAUACACACCUCUGUCUACACUUUGUGGGGUUUUAAGGUUGGUUUUUUUUUUCCAUAAACUUUUUUUGUUCAAAAUUAAAAGUGGUUGGUAUUUAAUGGAUGGGAGGUAAUCAUGGGCUUAUGAAAAGGAGGGAACCAAGAGCUGUGUGAUAACCUCAUGAGAUUUGUACAGUGUGUCUUGUUGAUGUCCGUCCAAGUUUUGUUGUCAACUACAGAACAUGUCUCCUUAUGGUACACAUGUCCCCUACACUACUGAAUUGUGUUCCCUUAUUUAAUCUUCCCUUACAAUUUACUUUUGAACAAGUCACCGUAAAGUUUACUUGCAACUUAUUCUAACAUACCAUUGCAACAAAUCAAAAUUUCACAAACCUGCCAUAUUUAAACUGAAAAGACGUUGACGGAACCCUUCUCCCAGCCAUGUGUAACAGCUCUUUGUGUCUGCGUUCAAUGGGACUGUUGAUACAGAGGCCACAUAUUUUCUCUGUCUAUGCAGCUAGGGGGCUUAACCCAGGACGAGGUAGAGCUUACAUUUUCGUAAAUGUUUAUUGAAUCUCUGCCUGUUUGACCAUGUCAGUUGUCAUGUGUCAGUUGUCAUGUCAUGAUAGCAGCCUGCGUCAUGCAUUGCUUGUUGUUGCCACUCUCAAAGAAAUGGAAUUUAUUAUAUAUUUUUUUUUGUCUAGCUGGCAAAUGGGAUUUGUGCUUUUUUUCUCUCUUAUGUAUUAUAUGACUAUUGUCUUGUGCUGAUGUGUACGCAAAAAAAAAUAUGGUGUACAGUAAUUAGAUUUGUGUACAUGCCUGUUUACCUAACUAUAAUAUACAUAUAUAUAAAUAUAUAUAAUAUAUAAAUACAAAAGUAAAUAUAUUAAAAUAAUUGUAUUGUUUCUUCAAACUUGCAAAAUGUCAAGAUGUUGUCUGACCAGCUUGUUCAACAAGUGUAAAUAAUGCAGAACUGUAUUCUGCUUCUAUAUUUAUUUUCUUCUGUUAAAUCAUCAAUCAACUCAUCGGUAAAGCUAUUCACAUGAGAAGCGUUAUAUAUUAUAUUUGCAUGUUUUAGUUCUCUGUUCCAGGGAUGGUUAAUUAUCAGCAUUUGUUUGUGUGUUAUUGAAACAAAAAUCUUGCUCUCUGCCCAUUUGUUUUGUGCAGGUGAAACUUCUAGGGCUUUAGUGUUAGUUAAUGGACCAGGUGUUAGUGUUUAUGUAACUAUAGGGUAAAAAUUGUUUUCACCACACACAAAAAAAAAAUAUUCUCGUUUAUGUGGACGAUUGGUUAAUUUUUGUGUUUUAAGUCUUGAAAAUUAUUAUGAAUUCAGACUUGUGCAAUUUUUUUUCCUUAAGUUACUCUGUAUUUACAAUGUGAUUAAAGAUACACUCUGGCGAUUUUGUCUUGGGUUUUUCCAUUUUUAGUUAUCAAAUCUAUUAACAAACCAGUUUAAAUUUUUCUUUUAUAUUUAUCAAUAAAAUUCUCUGAAUUGAAGUUAAGUUUAAUUUCUCUGACAAAAUUUGAUUCUAAUAUAAUUAAAAAAUGAAGUUGUUUGCAAAAUUGUUUAGGUCUAAGGUCUAAAAGGGAAAAAAUUAUGUUUAGUCGUUACAUCUUUAUUCAACUAAGACAAUCUAUGAUUUGUUGCAUUAAUGAAAUAAGUAUUACACAACAGAUUUGUGAGCAAGCCUGCAUAUAUCAAUCUGGCAGUGUUUAUAUAUAUUAACUUACUAUAAGCCUGGCUAAGUACUUUUUAAGGUAUGCCAAAUUUUUAUCAUGUUUUAUGAGGAUAUGAAUUUCAGUGCUAUAGCAUAUUGAUUAUCGCAUGGCCUGUUGGUUUUAUUUUUCUUGUAGACUAAAAUUAAAUAUUUUAUGUAAAUCACUUUGUUAACCUUUCAAAAUUGAAAAAAAAAACACUAAUGAAUUUUUCUGCCGAAUUUUUAAUGUAAAUAAUAUUCACCUGGGAGGAAAUAUGAAAAGUGAGAGUUAGAGGACAAGCCUUGGUUCGUAUUUUAGAAAUAUUAAAUUAUUUUCAUUCAUGCCUUUUGUACAAAACUUUUAUUAGUAGUUUUACCGUAAUUUUUUUGUUUCUAAUAUUUUGGUCAGACUGUGUUCCUAGCUAGUCAUAUUGUCUAUAGUUUUAUCCCAGUUCUAUUUACUAGUUCUUUAUUUACUACCUGUAAUUUUCUUGUUUUCAAUUUUAUAACAAUUUUGUGUAAUUUUAUUUUACUAAUUGUUUAAAACAAAAACAAUGUUCAGCCGAACAUGAAGGUAAUAGUAAAAAUUACCAUCUGCUUAGAGCAGUGUAAGGGAAAUAACUUAUUGAAUUUCUUCAAAAGUACUAAAAGAACUCUGAAGUACUAGAUCUAUUAGCAAUUUUUAAUUUUAUUUUCCCCCAUAUUUAUAGUAAUUGGGAGAAGGGGAGUUUUAAUCAAAUGUUUUAUUCUCAUGUUUUUUUUUUCCUCUAUAAAGUUUUGUUUCCCUCUUGCAAUGUCCAGACAACUUCCUGUUAUGUUAUUGUUGUUAUUAUAUCUAGUGUUGUAACUAAGGUCAUUUUAUUUGAGCUUAAUAUUAUAAUGUGGACAUGUAUUAAAUGCAAGUGAUUAAAAUUUAUUCUUAUUAUUAUUCAA